AGACCCGGGGAACAGACUUAGCUGUGGCCCACUCGUGCCACCUUGCGCCUGACCCGUUUAUCACCGGCGCUUUUCGUGUCGCGCAGACUCGCAGCUCGCUGCCGCGACUCAGUACCACUUCAGCCGUCGAACGGUGAGCAGCUCGAAAGUUUUGCUCCGCAAAUCGCAGAAGAGAAAGUAUCAAAACAAAGCACAACCGACAGCCCACAAGUCAAGGGAGAAGAGUGACUUUUCAAGCAAGCAUUUUUUACCGAGUCCUCAUAUAGCUACGCACGACAGCGAAGCAGAAUACAAGACGACAAAGUGCCAAAGUCGGAUCGAAGCCGAGGCAGUGCAGAAGAUUCUCGAAUCUCCAGAGAGAAGGGUAUAAAAAGAGACUUCAAGACGACGAGAACGAAGAUUAUCACCGCAACCACGACGGGUAACUCACGUAAGCGCAGUGGGGGCCGUACAAUCGCAGAUGUCAACGAGAUGGCGUCGAAAAGACAGCACAUGAUCGACUACGCCGAGGACAGCUACACGGACGACGAGGACGAGAUGGACCUCGACGACCAUCAGGAACAGAUGCAGGAGAACCGUCCGAGAGUCGGUAGGCCGCGAAAGACCAGCGUCACGACCAAUUCCUCGAUGGAGACUCUCACCAAUCACGGCAAAGCCGAUAACAUCUCCAUCAACGAUGGCGGUGCGUCCACAGUGCGCCGACGGGGCAGAGGUCCCUCAAAGAGGCCCUGCCUCAACAGGAACGCCCUGAUGGCGCGCGAGAACCGCCAGCGCAAGAAGGAAUACAUCGAGAGGAUCGAGAGCAGGCUCCAGAUUUGCCAGAAGGAAAACAUGGAGCUCAACACGACGAUCAAGCAGCAGGCUAUCGAGAUAAAGAGACUGAACAGCGAGGUCUCCUAUCUCAAGACGGUGCUGAGCAACAAGUCGCGGAUCACCUCGCUGCUCCAGGCGAUGAACGAGAGUCUCCAGAGGAUGCACGGUGACGAGACAAACAACGCGGCCUCCAAUUUUCCAGGCGCCGCUGCGAACAGCAGUGCUCCCGUCGUCAAGCCGAACGGAAGUGGUCUUGCCUGCAAACCUUCCGUGGACGUCCUCAACUGGAUUACCAGUGGACAAAACACUUCCUCAAAGACAAACAAUGUGUCUAUGCCUCUCUCAGGGUCAACAAAUAACUGCUCGGAAGUUUUUCGAGAUGACAGCCGAGGGCCAGUCUAUGGACAGAUGAACAACACAGUAAAAGUAGCCAGAAAAACAAUGCCUCUCAACAGUUGCCAAACAACCAAGGUAGAAAAUUCACACAGCAUAGAAAGCAUAGAAGAAGAUGAGAAGAGACUGUUACAAAAAUCCUCGCCGAACCCUGGUAGCUUUUGUGAGUAUCAAACGGGCAGAAGUUCAGCGGGACUAGAUAACCAGGUUCCUACAACGCCAAUGAGUGCAUCAAACUCUUUAAAGAAUGAGGCUAGCUUGUCCGAUACCGAAUACAGCCAGCUGUCAACUUUUAACGUUGACUUGUUUGAUAAUUUCGAAAGUGAGGUGGUUAAUCCCUUGCAACUUGAGCAAGGUGCACCAGACCUAUUUAAUGAGGAUACAUUGUUUCACACGUUAGACAAAGAUGCAGGCAUGUUAAGUAAUGACAUCAUUGAUCCACUGGAGAUCAGCAAAAUGUCUGAUGCCUUAAAUGAGAAAACAUUAUUUAAUAGUCUUGAAAACACUGGUGUAUGUCUCCACAUAAAUUCUAGCCGAGUUUCAUUAGAGUAUUGUUCAAUUUGCCAUAUGAAUAGUCUGAACAAUGAAUAUCAUUAGUAAUGGAGAGGAUUUUUGGUAUAUUCUAUUUAAGUCUCAUCUACAGAGCCAGAAGGAAGUCAAUAAAGGAGCAUCUGUGGCUAAGAAGAUUAAUCAGCGCUGGCACCAUAAAAUACACACAUAUAUUUACAUAUAUUAACCUAUAUUAUUUAUUUUAGUAGCUUAUUCACGGUCUGUAUAUCACAAACGUAACUCGUGGAUCUCUUAUGAACAACUAUUUUUAUCUCAGUUCCUUGUUUGAAAGCAGAGUUUAUGUAGUUACAACUGUAAGAUAAUCGCGAUUUUUGUUACCUUUUUUUAAAAAUUAUUCGUUGAAGAAAAUUGAAUUUUUAUAUUUUUGAUAAAGUUGUUUCGUGAGCGAGCGUUAGUAGUAUGAAAAGUAGAUGAAAAAUUGGAUAGACAAAAAAGUCUAUUUUUUUAAUACAGUCAGAAUUGCUAUACUAUUUAUUUUCAAACCAAAAAGUGUACAUAAAGAUAGAAUUUUCCUGAAUUGGGAAGAAAAAGAUUACGAUCACGACUGUUUUGCCUAUUCAAUUUUUUAUAAAAAAAAUAUUUUAAACAUCCGUUACUUUCAACUAAGGUUUGUGUUACUUGUGAAAUUGAUGUAAUAUACGUAAGCUUGUUAGUUAAGACCUAGGUUAAGUCACAUUCUGUGAAACUCUUCUGAGUCUGUAAAAAUACUUUUACUUUUGCAGGGUAGCAGCUUGGUAUACAUGUUAAGGAGUGGCAGGCUAUUUUAAAUUAAGUGUUUGCAAUGUCAAAACGGACUUUAAUUGAGAAACCAUUGCCUGCUUUACCUAAUAAACAGUAUUGUGUUAUGUAUCAGGUUGAGUAUAAUAGUAUCAUCUACAGAUUUGAAAAAUUUGAAUAAGAUGUUUCUUAUGAACUGCCACCACGAAGAAGAAAAUGUUUAUACUAUUUUACAUUAUUUACAAAAACAAUUGUUUUAAAUACCAAGCUCUCUCUUUUUUUAUAUGACCCGAUUUUACGGGUCUUCACAUGGCUCUAUUGUUAUAAUCACUAGUUCACUUAAGUUUCAGCUGCCUCGGACAGACAGAAUAAUAGAUCACCUUUGGAUUUAUGGAGCCAUCGUUACAUAUAGACGCUGAUCAACCUUAAAACCAGAAUUAAAUUUAGAAAUUUGCAUCGAUAAAAGAGGAUUUUUAUCUGCAGAUUAUUAAUAGCUUUCACACUUUUACAUUAGAUCUGUAAAAGGUGACCAAAUCUAUAUCCUUUUUAUGCUUGGACAAAAACAAACAUAGGCACUCCUCAAAAUUUUAGUGUAAAACUUGCGUCUUAAAUUUUUUUUUAAUUUUUUUUUGAAGCUCAAAAAAAUUUUAAAUAAUGAUUUAAUGGUAAGUAGGCAUUGAUGAUGAGGGGUGUCCAUGUUUGAGCAUAAAAUGCAGGCCAAAGGAUUUCUGGUAUUAAGGCACCAGUCUAUUUAUGAUGAUGUUUUUUUAGUAUUUUUACAGGUCUCGGAAGAGUUUAUUAGACAUCAACAAUAAGUUGCAAACGGUCUUUUUACAAUAAAGACAAAACAUGAAAAUAGACAUAUGUAUAAAAACAGCCAUGUACUGUUUUAAGACCAAAUGCAUUUUUUUUGUAAUUUUAUUGGAAAAUUGGAGAAACAGAUCGGAAAGAAAUUUUUGUUACAUCUGAAUUGAAUUGAAGAAUUUCAUGGACAUAAAAUUACAAAAAAGCAAAGAAUGUCCAAACCUAUUUGUGAUAAAUAAACAGACAAGAACAAAAAAAA